AUGUAUCAAGAAUGCUAUUAUACUUCACCGCAUAAAACAUCACAUGUAACUGAUACUGAAGCGCUCAAAAAAACCAAAAUAGUGGCAGUGAAGAAAGAAUUGCAUAGUAAUGAAGACGCGAAAGAACUAGAGAAAGUAUUGUAUAGUAAAGAAUGCGUUGCUCAAUGUAUCAACUUUGUUGUCAGUGAAGCAAGUAAAGAAGAUACUACCUUGAAUGUUCAAGAGAGAUUUUCCUACAACUUAGCAACAAUACUUGCAAGAGAAAAAGAAGUAGUUGCAGUAAGAUUGAAAGUUUUACCAGGUCGCUGUGAAAUUUACCUUGCUAAGAACUUUGCUUGGUCCAAAAGCGAUAGUAACUAUAUUGCUGAAAUUGAGAAUUAUUUGAAAGAGAUGUCAAAAAGUGCUCCCAAGAUAUUAAGCAAUACCGAAAAUGCUUUUACCAGAGCUGUGAGUUCAUACUGUUUUGCUAAACUUGAGACGAGGUUGGAUAAACUUAAGAGUGAUAUUAAAAAUGAUAAUGGACACGUUAAAUCUUUCAGAGAUUUUUUUUCAACUAAGGUUGAUGACGCAGAUAAAGAUAAUAUGUAUAUAAUAUCCCGAGUCUGUAACGAGUAUUAUAAGAUAGUUAAAGAUGAUAAUAACAUCCCUCCAAAAUUUUUAGGACAUAUUAAGAAAGUGGGGUCGUAUGCUGGAUCUAUGAUAGGUAUCAUAGAAUGUGCACGUAAUAUACAAUACAAAUUACUAUUCUCUAAUGUUAAAGUGUAUACAAAGGGUCCUGUUAUAGAUAAUCAGCACAUAUACUCAUGGAAAGAUAUUACCAAAAGGUUCAUUGAUGAAGAUGAUAAAGACACCUAUAAACGUUUCAUGGAUAAUUGUUCAAAAAAGCCCAAAAACAAGAUAAAACACUACACUAGUAGUUUGCCGGCAGAUUCUGAUAGCGGUGGUAAUAGCCCAAAUCUGAAAAGUAGUGAUGGUAAAUACUUGGAUGAAUAUUUUAAACAGAAUACCAUUAAGAAAUAUACUCUACUAUGA